AUGUACCACGAGUAUGCUUAUUAUUCUGGUUUUGAAAUCAGAAAAGGGAGCCAGAAAACUAAUUUGUCGGGAAUAGUAAGACAAAAGUACUAUCUUUGUCACAGAGCUGGAGAAAGAAAGAAGGUUAACAUAGAUAGUUUAGAAAGAAAUGAAAAACAAGUUAGAAAAAGCAGCAUGGAAUCCACUGGAUGUAGAGCUAGAGUGAGAUUUGACUUGGAUUACUUGAACAAAACAUACAUAAUAGCUGAUUUCCAUGCAAUUCAUAAUCAUGAAUUGGUUCCGCGAGAGUAUAGACAUCUAUGCAAAACAGAUAGACAACUAAAAUAUGCAGAGCAGCUAUUUGUCUACAACGCCUCCAUCUCAAACGUUGGACCAACAAAAGCUCAUCAACUGUACAGUAACUUGAAAGGGAAGCUCGUUAAAUUUAACAAAAUGAUGGAAAUGAGAGAACAUAUCCCUGGUUUUGCAUUUGAGUAUAAGGUUGACAACUCUGAAUUGCACUCACUUUUUUGGGCCGAUAAUGUAGCAAGGUGUAACUAUGAAGAAUUCAGCGACAUAAUGUCCUUUGAUGCAACGUAUCGGACAAACAGGUACAACAUGAUGUUUGUCCCUUUCACGGGAAUAGACAACCAUAACAAAUGCGUAACCUUUGCUGCUGGGUUGAUAAGAGAUGAGAAGCAAGAAACAUACACAUGGCUUCUAAAAUGUUUCAUGGAUAACAUCAAGAAAGAGCCAACAAUGGUGGUAACAGAUCAAGACAAAGCCAUGGAGAUUGGAAUAAAAAAUAUAUUUAAGACUGCAAAGCAUAGGCUGUGCAUGUGGCACAUAACACAAAAACUGCCAACAAAGAUAAGAGAGGCAUCUCCAAGUAUAGAAGAUGAAACUGAGAGAGACUUCAAGAGCAGAUCAAAGUGGAUACCAGCUUACUUCAUUGACACUCCAAUGUGUGGCCUGAUGAGAACAACAUCAAGGUCAGAAAGCGAGAAUGCUUUUUUUUCUCAUUUCACAAGAUCAGCGUCAAAUCUGCUGAGUUUCAUGAGUGGAUUUGAAUCAGCAAUGAUGAAACAAAGGUCAAAACAAGAAAAGUUAGAUGAUGAAACUAUAAAGAAGACUCCAGUAUUGAACACAAAACUCAAAAUAGAAAUGCAUGCUUCAAAACUGUACACAAAAAUAAUUUUUGAGAUGAUACAGAAGGAAAUAGAAGCUGGUCUAUAUGAUUGUUUAGUUGCCCAAAUGAUUGCUGAAGAAGAGUGUCAAAUUUAUAUCAUUAAUGAGAUGUUAAAGAGGAAAGUGAAAGAGACUGGACAAAAUGUGAUUCAGUAUAAGGUAUUGCAUAACCUUGAGGAUGGUUCUGUUGUGUGUACCUGUAGACACUAUCUCCGUUUAGGUCUCCUUUGCCGACAUUGUUUCAGUGUUUUGAAGAACAAUAAUAUAGAUGAAAUACAUGCACAAUACAUUAUGAGGCGGUGGACAAAAGGCAUCAUACCACCUGAUUUGAGAUCAAGCAGAAACAGAUUUGAUAAUGGAAAUGUUGGUACUCAAAAGAUGGUUGCUGAAGCAAGUUCAGUUUUUGAGGACUGCUUGCAUCUUGUUGUGAACGAUGAUGAAAAACUUAAAGAGUUUCUGGAAAGAGUCAAAUCGUUGAAGUCAGAAGUUGAGGCUGAUAUGGCAAACCAACCACCAAAGAAAAAAAAUGAAGUGAUAUCAAGAAUGAUGGGUGUUGAAAAACCAGAUUCAAACGAAAUAAAAAACCCUCCAGUUGGAGUGUAUAAGGGAUGUGGAACUGUUAACCGUAUAAUGGGCGGUAAGGAGAAAGGAAUAAAAGAAAACAAUAAAAGAAAGAGAAAGUGUACUACAUGCGGAGAUACGAAUCACAACAGCAGGACAUGUGGAAAAAAGAAACAAAAAUUCAAUGAAAAAGUGAAUACUGAAGGAGCUUCAAACAAUUAG